AUGUCCUCGGAACGGGGUACGCUUUCGAUGGGAACUGAUCCUCGACGGAGUAGUGAAGUUCUGGUCCGACCAUUCCAAGCCGCAGCCUCACCAUCAUCGUACUCGCAUCGUACAAGGCUGGACCGUGGCGACAAAGUAGCUGCAAACAUGGCCAAGAGCAAGGCUCCCAAGCCUUCCAAAUCUCGACCCGUCUCCACCUCGGAGCUCAACCAGCCGCUGCUCCCAUCCUCGGGCUCAGUCACGGCAUCCACCGCCUCGUGCUCUUUCUCCCCAGCGCCCGAUCACACACUCUUUGCGCAUAUCAGCAACCAGGUCCAUCAGCAACGACUCCGCAUCUACAAUGCUUCUGCAUCGGCCGCUUCAUCCUCUCAGCUCGUGACCGAUUUCCUUCUGGCAUCCCUGGGUGGAGCCGAGUGCCUCUCGUCGCGCUGGGUGCGCCUCUCAUCACCAACUGCCAAAUCGGCCAAGCGAAGAAAGCACGGAUCUGAUGCUAGCGAAGAUGCCGCUGCUUCUGGCUCUUCUCAGCUGCUCUUGGCUCUCGGACUGAGCUCGGGUGAGGUUCAUCUGCUCAGCCCUGCCCUUGCGCAGUCUGUCGCCAUCCUCGAUGCAUCCUCGGCUUCGGGUAGCAGCACCGCUUCGUCUGCGAACGCAGGCAUCGUCUCCAUGUCCUACUCGGAGGCCAAAAAGACCUUGUUUGCCUGCUCCAAAAGUGGUUGGGUCUCUUCAUUUGCCCUUGCAGACGUCAAACUCGGCGAUCAGCCAAGUCCUUUGCGACCCUUUUCAUCUUUCCGUCCCGACACCAAGUCCGCUGUCCAGCUCCUCUCUUCGCGCCGCGACUUGAUCCUUUCCGCGCAUCACAGCAUCAGCCUGACGGACAUCUCCCAGUCGGACAGUACCGUUCGUGCGACUUUCACCGGGCACGCUUCGCCCGUCACACAUCUCGAAUGGCUCGACGACAACUCGUUCGUCUCCGCCGCCGAAGGAGAUCGCAUGAUCAGCGCGUGGACGUACGACGCCAAGGCAGCAAAAGCCGUCACGGGCCGCGCCUUUGCCACUGCUGCGCUCGAUGGUCCAGUCCGUGCGCUCUCCGUGAGCACGGCUGCUGAUCAACACCAACGAACCCUCAUCACCAUCGUCACUCAAACUGGAAGCGUACGGAUCUACGGCUUGCCAUCAGAGUCGAAAGCGGAAGCUUCGCCAUCAAAGAAGAAAUCCGCCGCCUUGCCGUCGCUGGAACUGUUGGCACAGUCGUCAACAGAGAGCAGUGGAGCAUCUGUAGAAUGGAUCGACGCUAGGCUCGUCUCGGACAAACUUCGAUUGGCACGAUUGAUCCGCGGCGCUAAAGUCUCUAUCGAAGAAACCACUGUCAUCAGCGGCAAGGAUGCACACUUGCAAAAGGUGCUGCAGCUCCCCGUUGCUGGCGGUAAGAACAACACUUCUGCCGGUGGCCUUCUUGCUGCGGACACGGACGAGGCUCAGCUGACCGGAGGUGCUGCCGAGACCCAGAGGUACGCCGAUGCUCCAGCAAGACCACAAGAUGUGGAAGAUGCCGUCCUCUCGGCGGGUCUCGAGGAUGGCGGGCUAGUACCUUCUGCCUCGGCGCGUGGAACCGACGUGGAGCCCACACUCGCCCAAAGGUUGAAAGAGCUCGGAUUUGGCGACCCUUCCCUGGCAGGACAGGAGGCUGACGAGGACGAUGCCGACGUACCUACCAAGAAGCAGCAGUCGUUGAUGAGCGAAGCUUCGCUAGCAUCUUCGCUGUCGCAAGCGUUGCACUCUGGCGACACGAGUCUUCUCACCAGCUGUCUCAACCACAACGACGCCAUCCUCAUCCGCAACACCGUACGCAAGAUCUCUGGUCCACUCGCCGUCAAGCUUCUCGAAGAAUGCGUCAACCGACUCAACGGUGUGGGCGGACACCACGUGAGCAAGGGCAGCAUGGGCAGUCAAAAGGCGCGAGGGUUGAUGGAGUGGGUUCGCGCAACGCUGCUCAACCACAUGGGCUACCUCAUGUCGCUGCCCAACCUCGUCAGCCGUCUUUCGGGACUGCACGCCACGCUUUCCACACGCCUCGCUACGCACGAGAGGCUCUUGGCGCUCAACGGUCGACUCGAGUUGGUUCUGUCGCAGAUCGAAGCGAGAGCGGCUUACGUCUCUCAGGCUAGCAACAAUGCUGUUCGCGUUCAGGGAGUCAAAUUUGGCAAAAAGACGCAAGGCGGUGCUGUGCAGAGUGCGGGUGUGGUGGACAAGGAGAGGAGGAAGGGUAAGAAGUGGGUGGAAGAGUCGGACGACUCGGAAUCGGACAUGGAUGUCGACGGUGCAGACGGUGUACUCGUACGCGGCGAGGAUGACGAGGAUGGUGACGUGCAGGAUAUCGCCCUCGGAGCAAACGACAGUGAUGACGAGGACGAUGAUGAGGACAGCGAUGAUGAUGGUCCCAUCCGUCGACGCAGACGAGUCAAAAACGGUCGUAUGUCGGACGGCAAUACCUCUGUUGAUUCGGAAGACGACGAUGAUGACGAGGAUGAAGACGAGGAUGAUGUCGAAGACAUUGAGGAGGAUGACGAUGACGAUGAGGAAGAAGACGAGGAGGAGGAAGAUGACGAGGAAGAACUCCCAGACGAAAGCGACAUCGAAGAGGAAGGCGCUAGCGACAUGGAAGACGACGAAGAGGAGGAAGAGUACGACGAGGAAGACGCCAAGGGUCCCAAUGGAAUGUUUGACCUCGAAGCGGAAGAAGGCACAGACGAGGACGACGAGGAGUAG